AUGCUAGAGCUUUUCGCCAUCGAAUUGCGGCUCCCACUCUGGGAGUGCGUUUGUGAUUGUGUAUAUAAGGCCCCAUGCAGGGCGUGCGUCCCGCGCAUUGUGCAAAAAGCUCUACUCGCGUUCGCUUCGCAUCAGCUCGCCGCAUUCCAGUCCGCAUCCGGAGUAGUGUCCAGUAUCGUCACUCGUCCCGAUUUCCCGAGAGCAAGCAGCAUGUGGUCGAAAAUUGGCAUCGCCGGAGCCCUGCUCGUGAUGGGUGGCGUCCUGUCCUCCAGCGUGGUGGAUAACUUCGCCUACGUGGACCGCUCGCUGCCGGUGGCCAUGCCCAAGGCGAAGGCCUUCCAAGUGAAGCAGGAGUGAGGAUUCCCGGACGGAGGAUCCCAGGAGGAGGGGGUGUCUCAAGUGGAUCCCGGUUGGCUGUCGAUUAGGCAGUUCCUGGAGCAGGAACCCCGUGCUCUUCACUCGGCAGCAGGGAUAUCUACUGGCCAGCCUGCUACUCCGGCUUGUGUUUGAGCUACAAGUGGACCACAAGUGGGAAAUAGUUGGUGCAGGUCAACAAGUCGAUGCACCCGCUGGGAAGCCCCCUCCUUGCCCACAGGAACAAUUUGAGCACUAAACUUUAAUUUAUAUGUUUUUUUUUUAACUUAAUGUGACUAAUUUAAGGAGUUCCCUAUGCGUAAGCAAUAAAUAAGUUAAACGAA